GACAUUUAAAAAAGCCUAUUCACCAAACAAAUACCUAAAAAAACUUUUAACAAUGAAAAAAGAAAAAUGCAUUGCAUGUAAAGAUUGUGCUGAUCUUAAGUUUUUCUUAUUGAAUAAUCGUCCAUAUAUACGAUAAACAAGUCAAAAUUUUCAUUAAAGUUGGAAAAUAUUAGUUUGUUUUGUACUUAAAUGUGGAACAGUGUAUUAUUAUCUUCUAAUACAAUCAAUGGAUUUAGCAGCUUAUGCUAUGUCUGUUCUCUUCACAGUUAUUCUUGCCCAUACCAUUUUAAAAAGACUUAGUAGUAAAUCCAAUAAAAGGCUUCCUCCAGGCCCACCAAGAUGGCCCAUUGUUGGAAACCUUCUUCAAUUGGGCCAGCUUCCUCACAGGGACCUGGCCUCAUUGUGUGAUAAAUAUGGGCCAUUGGUGUACCUGAGAUUGGGCAGCGUAGACGCCAUCACCACCAACGACCCCGAUACCAUACGUGAGAUACUUCUCAGGCAAGACGAGGUUUUCGCCUCUCGGCCACGGACUCUGGCCGCGGUGCAUUUGGCGUAUGGCUGCAAUGACGUGGCACUGGCCCCACUAGGCCCACAAUGGAAGAGAAUGAGGAGAAUUUGCAUGGAACAUCUAUUGACAACCAAGCGGCUGGAGUCAUUUGCGGCACAAAGAGCCGAUGAAGCCCAACAUCUUGUGAGAGAUGUAUGGGCCCGGGCCCAAACUAGAAAAGCCAUAGAUUUGAGGGAUGUGUUGGGUGGAUUCUCAAUGAACAAUGUGACGCGAAUGUUGCUUGGGAAACAGUACUUUGGGUCGGGAUCAGCUGGGCCACAAGAAGCAAUGGAGUUCAUGCACAUCACCCAUGAGCUGUUUUGGUUGUUGGGGUUGAUUUAUUUGGGUGACUACUUGCCCAUUUGGAGAUGGGUCGACCCUUACGGGUGUGAGAAGAAAAUGAGAGAAGUGGAAAAGAGAGUGGAUGAUUUUCACAUUAAGAUUAUUGAAGAACAUAGGAAGAGAAAGGCAGGUUUGAGUUCUCAAGGAGUGGAAAAUGGAGAAGAGAAUAAUGAAAUUGACUUUGUUGAUGUUUUGCUAUCUUUGCCUGGUGAAAAUGGAAAAGCACAUAUGGAUGAUGUCGAAAUUAAAGCUCUAAUUCAGGAUAUGAUAGCUGCUGCUACAGACACUUCGGCUGUGACCAACGAGUGGGCAAUGGCGGAGGUGAUAAAGCACCCGCGGGUCCUCCGUAAGAUCCAAGAGGAACUGGACUCAGUCGUGGGUCGGACUCGAAUGGUAUCCGAAUCAGACUUGGCCCACCUUAACUACCUGCGCUGCGUCGUACGAGAAACUUUUCGGAUGCACCCAGCAGGACCAUUUCUGAUUCCCCACGAAUCCCUUUGCGCCACGACGAUCAAUGGUUACGAAAUACCCGCUAAAACGCGCGUUUUCAUCAACACUCACGGGUUGGGCCGAAACACAAAGCUAUGGGAUAACGUGGAGGAGUUUAGGCCCGAAAGGCAUUGGUUAGGUGAUGGUAGCCGAGUGGAGAUUAGCCACGGAGCCGAUUUCAAGAUAUUGCCGUUUAGCGCGGGGAAGAGGAAGUGUCCCGGGGCGCCACUUGGAGUGACUUUGGUUUUGAUGGGUCUGGCUCGGCUCUUUCACUGUUUUGAUUGGGGUCCGCCUGAGGGAAUGAGCCCCCAAGAUAUUGACACCACUGAGGUGUAUGGAAUGACCAUGCCUAAGGCUCGACCCUUGUUGGCCGUUGCAACACCGCGUUUGCCUGAUCAUUUGUACCACUGACAGUUUUCAAUUUCCACUCAUAAUAUAUAAUUCAUAAUUUUAAAUAAAAAUGAAAAUAAUUUAGUCGAUUUACAGAAUGGGCAACUGGACAGCAUUUCAUUUAAUAAUGAAUGGAUUGAUUUAUUUCUAAACUUGUUUGCCAUGAAGUGUAAACUUGUGUAGUGACCCGCUCAAACCAAAUUCAUGAUUACUACAUUAUGUACUUUUUUCUCCACCUGAUGUUAUUAGAGUAACUAUGCAAAUAUACAAAAUUCUAUAAGAUUUACAGUCA